AUGGAAGCAUCCGCUGACCACUUUUCGCGUCUACAGAGGAGGUCGCAGCUCUCGUCAUCGACAAUGGUUCGGGUAUGUGCAAGGCCGGUUUCGCCGGUGACGACGCACCCAGAGCCGUUNUUCCCCUCAAUUGUCGGAAGACCUCGCCACCAUGGGUACGCAGCCCUUUUUGAAGCUGUUUUCCGAACUCGAAUUGACAAUAACGCAGUANUCAUGAUUGGUAUGGGCCAGAAGGAUUCAUACGUCGGUGAUGAGGCACAGUCCAAGCGUGGUAUCCUCACCCUGAGAUACCCCAUCGAGCACGGUGUCGUUACCAACUGGGACGACAUGGAGAAGAUUUGGCACCACACCUUCUACAACGAGCUCCGUGUUGCUCCCGAGGAGCACCCCGUCCUGCUCACUGAGGCCCCCAUCAACCCCAAGUCCAACCGUGAGAAGAUGACCCAGAUCGUCUUCGAGACCUUCAACGCCNCCGCCUUCUACGUCUCCAUCCAGGCCGUUCUGUCGCUGUACGCUUCCGGUCGUACCACCGGUAUCGUCCUCGACUCUGGUGACGGUGUCACUCACGUUGUCCCCAUCUACGAAGGUUUCGCCCUUCCCCACGCCAUCUCGCGUGUCGACAUGGCUGGUCGUGACUUGACCGACUACCUCAUGAAGAUUCUUGCCGAGCGUGGUUACACUUUCUCUACCACCGCCGAGCGUGAAAUCGUUCGUGACAUCAAGGAGAAGCUCUGCUACGUCGCUCUCGACUUCGAGCAGGAGAUCCAGACCGCCAGCCAGAGCUCUUCCCUCGAGAAGUCCUACGAGCUUCCCGACGGUCAGGUCAUCACCAUCGGUAACGAGCGUUUCCGUGCCCCCGAAGCUCUCUUCCAGCCCUCCGUUCUUGGUCUCGAAUCCGGCGGUAUCCACGUCACCACCUUCAACUCCAUCAUGAAGUGCGAUGUCGAUGUCAGAAAGGACCUUUACGGCAACAUUGUCAUGGUGAGUUUUGGAACAACGCCAAAAUCAGCAGCAAAAGCUAACAAAUUCCUAGNNUCUGGUGGUACCACCAUGUACCCCGGUAUCUCCGACCGUAUGCAGAAGGAAAUCACCGCCCUUGCUCCCUCAUCCAUGAAGGUCAAGAUCAUCGCUCCCCCAGAGCGCAAGUACUCCGUCUGGAUCGGUGGUUCCAUUCUCGCCUCCCUCUCCACCUUCCAGCAGAUGUGGAUCUCAAAGCAAGAGUACGACGAGAGCGGUCCCUCGAUCGUCCACCGCAAGUGCUUCUAA